GUCUUUAUGAGUUAUUGAUUAGUUAAAUGUGUUUUCUCCCUCAGAUUGCAGCAUUUAACAUCAAGAAUGAACGCAUCAUCCACAGUUCCCCUGAGAAGAGUGAUCCCCUUUCCCUCCCCAUCAGUGGAUCCUCCCGGUGGGAUAAAACAGCCUCUUAACUGGAUCCAUUUGGGCUCUACAGCUUUAUUAAAGACAGGAACAGGAGGGGUUCCAGCUGUGUGAAUGAAGAAGAGUAAAUGAUGGAUCCUCAGAACUCCAGCAGUGGAGGAGGAGCCUCUGUCCUAAAGAAGAAGAGAGGAGCAUCUCCAGCCCCCAGUGGAGUGUCUAUGAAGAGUGAUCGGUCCAUGGAACCACCUCCAAAGUUCAGCAGUGGAGGAGGAAGCUCUGGGUCUCGAACUGAAACCCAGAGAGGAGCUUCUCCAGAACCCAGUGGAGUGUCUAUGAAGAGUGACGCGUCCAUGGGCCAUCCUCCAAACUUCAGCGGUGAAGCUGUGACCUCUGACCCACAAGAGAAGAGAAAAAACAUUAUCUGGGAAAACCUGGACAAUAUAUUCAAGGAGCUGCAGCAGAAGUUUAUCUCUAUAGUGAAGAACGAGCUGAACACAUUCAAGAAGCUCCUGAGUCCAGAUUACCCAGCAUGCUCUGAGAGAGAAGUGGAGGAUGAUCAGAGGGAGGGGGUGCUGAAGAUCACACUGCAUAUCCUGAGGAACAUGAAGCAGACAGACGUCGCCAACACACUAGAGAGCCAAUUGGCCCCAGUGUGUCAACAAAAGCUCAAAUCCAAACUGAGGGAAAAAUAUCAGAGAAUUAAUGAAGGAAUCUCAGGUCAGGUAAAGUCAGCACUUCUGAAUGAGAUCUACACAGAGCUCUACAUCACAGAGGGAGGAGGUGGAGACAUCAAUCAGGAACAUGAGGUGAAGCAGAUUGAAGCUGCAUCCAGGAAAAGCUCAACAGAGGAAAGACCAAUCAAAUGUAAUGACAUCUUUAAACCCUUACCAGAACAGAACCAGCCCAUCAAAACUGUACUGACUAAAGGAGUUGCUGGAAUUGGAAAAACAGUCUCAGUGCAGAAGUUCAUCCUGGACUGGACUGUAGGAGAAGUAAAUCAGGACAUUCUCUUUAUAUUUCCACUUCCUUUUAGAGAACUGAAUCUGAUGAAGGAGAAGAAGCUCAGUCUGGUGAAUCUUCUUCAGCGCUUCUUCACAGAAACACAAGAUUUAAAACCAAGACAUUAUAAGAGCUAUAAGAUCAUGUUCAUCUUUGAUGGUCUGGAUGAGUGUCGACUGCCUCUGGAUUUCCAGAACAAUGAGAACUUGGUGGAUAUAGAAGAGCAAACCUCAGUGGAUGUUCUGCUGACGAACCUCAUCAAGGGGAAUCUGCUUCCCUCUGCUCUCCUCUGGAUCACCUCUCGACCAGCAGCGGUCAGUCAGAUCCCUCCUGAGUGUGUUGAUCAGGUAACAGAAGUGCGGGGUUUCAGUGACCCUCAGAAAGAGGAGUACUUCAAGAAGAAGAUCAGGAAUCAGGACCUGGCCAAUAAAGUCUUCACACACAUCAGGUCUUCAAGAAGCCUCUACAUCAUGUGCCACAUACCGGUCUUCUGCUGGAUUACAGCCACUGUUCUAGAGAGAAUGCUGAGUGAAGCUGAGAGUGGAGAAAUCCCCAAAACCCUGACGCAGAUGUUCACACACUUCCUGAUCUUUCAGAUCAAACACAAGAGCCAGAAGUACAGUGGGAAAAGUGACUCUGAUCCUCAGCAGACUAGAGAAAGUAUCCUGGCUCUGGGGAAACUGGCGUUCCAGCAGCUGGAGAAAGGAAACCUGAUGUUCUAUGAGGAAGAUCUAAGAGAGAGUGGCAUCGAUAUUACAGAAGUGUCAGUGUACUCAGGAGUGUGUACCCAGAUCUUCAGGCAGGAACAUGAACUGCUGGACCUGGGGAAGGUCUUCAGCUUUGUACAUCUGAGCAUUCAGGAGUUCCUCGCUGCUUUAUAUGCGUUUCUCUGUUUCAACACAAAGGAUCGGAAUAUGCAAACCACAGAACAGCAAACCACUGGACUAUCUGAGAUUUUCAGCAGGAAAUCGAUGAAUGACUUCCUCAGCAGUGCGGUGGAUAAAGCCUUACAGAGUGAGAGUGGACAUCUGGACCUGUUCCUUCGCUUCCUUCUGGGUCUCUCACUGGAGUCUAAUCAGACUCUGUUACGAUUCAUACUGACACAGAAAGAGAAGAACUCUCACAGUAAUGAGGAAACAGUCAAAUACAUCAAGAAGAAGAUUGAGGAGAACUCAUCUCCAGAGAAAUCCAUCAAUCUGUUCCACUGUCUGAAUGAACUGAAUGAUCAUUCUCUAGUGCAGGAAGUGCAGAAAUACCUGAGUGGAGGUGAUCGUCUUCAUCAGGCCAGACUCUCUCCUGCCCAGUGGUCAGCUCUGGCGUUUGUGUUGGUGAAUUCAGAAGAAGAGCUGGAGGAGUUUAACCUCAGAAAAUAUGAUCCAUCAGAGAGGUGUUUUCUGAGGCUGCUGCCAGUAGUCAAAAUAUCCAGAAGAGCUUUACUAGCUUCAUGUAAUCUUGGAGUAAGGACGUGUGAAAGUCUGGAAUCAGUUUUAAAGCUGGAAAACUCCUCACUGAUAGAACUGGACCUCAGUAACAACAACCUGCAGGAUUCAGGAGUGGAGCUGCUCUCUGCUGGACUAAAGAGUUCACACUGUAAACUGCAGACUCUCAGAUUAGCUUUGUGUAAUCUUCAAUUAAAGAUGUGUGAAACUUUGGCAUCAGUUAUAAAGCUGGAAAACUCCUCCCUGAAAGAGCUGGAUAUCAGUAACAAUGACCUGCAGGAUUCGGGAGUGGAGCUGCUCUCUGCUGGACUGGAGAGUUUAGACUGCAAACUGCAGAUUCUCAGAUUAUCUGGUUGUAUGAUCACAGAAAAAGGCUGUUCUUCUCUGGCUUCAGCUCUGAGUUCAAACCCCUCCCACCUGAAAGAGCUGGAUCUGACCUACAACCACCCAGGAGAGUCAGGAGAGAAGCUGCUUUCUGCCAGACUGGAGGAUCCACACUGCUCACUGGAGAUACUCAGAAUGGAACAUGGAGGCGAGAUCAGAAUCAAACCUGGAUUAAAGAAAUACGGCUGUGAUUUCACACUGGAUCUAAACACAGCGUUCCCUCGUCUCUCUCUGAGUGAGGAGAACAGGAGGGUGGAGAGGAGAGAGGAGCUGCAGUCGUAUCCUGAUCAUCCAGAGAGGUUUGAUAGGUGUCCACAGGUUCUAAGUAGAGAGAGAGUAACUGGUGUAACUGGUGUAACUGGACGCUGUUACUGGGAGGCUGAGUGGAGAGGAGGAGGAGGAGGGAUAUUUGGAGGAGGAGCUGCUGUAGCUCUGAGUUAUAAAACCAUCAGCAGGAAAGGAAGAGGAUCAGACUGUUGGUUUGGAGAGAAUAUAAACUCCUGGAGUCUGAACUGCUCUGAUAACAGUUACUCUGUUCAUCACAAUAAUAACAGCAUUGAUCUCUCCACUCCUCCCUCUGGCUGUAGGAGAGUAGGAGUGUAUGUGGACUGUCCCGCCGGCACUCUGUCCUUCUACAGAGUCUCCACUAAAACACCCUCACACACUCUCACACACUUACACACACUCUACACCACCUUUACUCAGCCCCUCUAUGCAGGGAUCGGGGUUGGUUUUGGCUCCUCAGUGACUCUGUGUAAAAUAGAAUAACCCUGUGUGUGUGUGUGUGUGUGUUUGUGUGUGUGUGUUUAUCUGUGUUUGUGUAUCUGUGUGUUUCUGUGUAUUGUGUGUGUGUGUGUGUGUGUGUGUAUCUGUAGGUGUAGUGUGUGUGUGUGUUUAUCUGUGUGUAUGUAUAGUGUGUGUGUGUUCGUAUCUGUAGGUGUAUAGUGUGUGUGUGUGUGUUUAUCUGUGUGUAUGUAUAGUGUGUGUGUGUGCAUCUGUAGCUGUAUAGUGUGUGUGUGUGUGUGUUUAUCUGUGUGUAUGUAUAGUGUGUGUGUGUUCGUAUCUGUAGGUGUAUAGUGUGUGUGUGUUUAUCUGUGUGUAUUUAUAGUGUGUGUGUGCAUCUGUAGGUGUAUAGUGUGUGUGUGUGUGUGUGUGUUUAUCUGUGUGUAUGUGUGUGUGUGUGUGUGUGUGCAUCUGUAGGUGUAUAGUGUGUGUGUGUGUUUAUCUGUGUGUAUGUAUAGUGUGUGUGUGUGCAUCUGUAGGUGUAUAGUGUGUGUGUGUGUGUGUGUGUUUAUCUGUGUGUAUGUAUAGUGUGUGUGUGCGCACGUGAGUGUGUCUGUCUGUUUGUGUAUCUGUGUGUGUGUGUAUAGUGAGUUUGUGUGUAAGGGGUUGUGUGUGUAAGUUUAUCUGUGUGUUUGUGUAUAGUGUGUGUGUAUAGUAUGUGUGUGUGUGUAAGUGUAUCUGUGUGUGUGUAUAGUAUGUGUGUGUGUACGUGUGUGUAUGUGUAUAGUGUUUGUAUAAUGUGUGUGUGUAGUGUUUGUAUAAUGUGUGUAUGUGUGUAUAGUGUUCAUAUAAUGUGUGUGUGUGUGUAUAGUGUUUGUAUAAUGUGUGUGUGUGUAAGUUUAUCUGUGUGUUUGUGUAUAGUGUGUGUGUGUGUGUGUAUAGUGUGUGUGUGUAAGUGUAUCUGUGUGUGUGUAUAGUAUGUGUGUGUGUACGUGUGCACAGUGUACAGCUCCUGUCUCUCCCACACUCAGCUCUACCUGUGAUCUCCAACCUCCGGACUAAAAUACCCAGAAUGCACCACACACUGACAUCACUCCUUCACACCAUCACAUCACCUGAAUAUUGACCACACCUAUUACACCCCCUAUAAAUACACCUGCACUUCACUUCACUCCUCGCCGGGUAUUGAUGUUUCUCCACUCUAUAAAUCGUUAUUCCCUGCCUGUGUGUACUCUCUCAUUACAGACUUGUUUUUGUAUCUUUUCCUCUCUGAUUUUCCCCUGUUCUUCAAUAUCGCCUCUCUGUGUUUGAUCCUAGGACUGUUUCUCGUUUAUGGUAUGUUGAUUCUCUCUGGCUGCUGUUUACUGGUGUUGAAUCUGCUCGUUUACAGAACCCACGGUACCCCUACUUUAUUAAAUAAAGUAUUUGAGUUGCAGCAGC